UUUCGUCUGUACUGUUAAUGCUUAUGUGUAUACCACCCGUAUUAUUUUUAUCAUGAAAAUCUCCCUUUAUAUUAAAUACGCAUAUAAACAGUAUAUAACGUGCAUAUUAUAACGUAAUCAGUAACAAGUUUGAGAAAUGUCAAUAUAUUUUCGAUUUUGUGCCAUUCAAAUUAGACUGCAUAUUCUAUUACAAUAAUCAAAAAGUAUGGAACUUUCGCGAAAUUUAAUUACUUGCAAAUUGAAAUGUUACCUUCUUAAAGUACCGAAAAAAUCUUAUUUAUAUCAAGUAAGACAUAUCAGAUUGGCUGAAGUAGGAAAGUUGGAAACACCAAAAUUACAAGGAAAAUAUGAAACUGGCCAACUAAUUUUGCAUAGAGUAUUUGGUUAUCGUGGAGUAAUAUUAUUUCCAUGGGCAGCAAGAGUUUAUGACAGAGAUAUUCCGAACAAAAGAGACGAAAAUACAAAUGAUAAUUUUAAUAGCGUGGAAAGAGAAAUAAAAGGUAGAACUCAUACAUUUUACCAGGUAUUAAUUGACCAGAGAGAUUGUCCUUACAUACGUGCUCAAACAGAAGCUGUAACAUUUUUGGGGAACCAGGAAAGUAGUCGCAGCUUAUAUGCGAUACCAGGGUUAGAUUAUGUUGCUCAUGAAGAUGUUUUACCUUAUACAACAAACGAAGAGACUGCAUUGCAACAUGAACUUUUUGAUAAAUUUCUAAUGUAUAAACCAGAUCAAGAUCCAUGUUUCGUUGCACAAGAUACUCUUAAGGCAUGGCAAAAAAAGAAUCAUCCUUGGUUGGAAUUAUCAGAUGUACAUAAAGAAACUACAGAAAAUAUUCGUGUUACUGUCAUACCAUUUUAUAUGGGUUGUAGAGGAAGUCAAAAUGCAACAGUACAUUGGUGGCGAUAUUGCAUUCGUUUGGAGAAUUUGGGUGAUCUGAGUGUACAGUUACGCGAAAGACAUUGGAGAAUAUUUAGUCUUUCUGGAACAUUGGAAACUGUUAGAGGAAGAGGUGUAGUUGGGCAAGAACCUAUUUUAUCAAAAGUCUUACCUGCUUUUCAAUACAGUAGUCACGUAAGUUUACAAGCUGCAAGUGGACAUAUGUGGGGAACAUUCAGAAUGGAGAGGGAAGAUGGAUAUGCAUUUGAUUGUAGAAUUCCACCUUUCUCUUUAGAAUCCAAAGCAGAAGACCCACUUUCACCAAAUAUAAGUUCAUAAUUAAAUUUCUUAGCAUUAAGUGGAAAAUGUUCGCAAUUAAAUUCUUUUGAUUCAUGAAACAUUCAUCGAUAAUUAAACCUAAAUUUAUUUAAGUAAUAAUAUUUAUGAUAUUGGCAGCAAUAUUUAAUUAGAAGUAUUAUAAAUAGAAGUUAUGUUGUGUAAGUCUCAUGUUACACUUAAACUUGUGGAAAGCUAUCUUUCUGAUAAAUAUGUAUUUCAUAAAAACUUGAUUAUAUGCACUCAAAUAAAAUAUAGAUGUAUAAGA